AUGCGUUACUGUUUUUCAGGUUUCGGUGGUUCUUCAUUGGAUCUCGAAUGUGAGGCGUUUGAUUUUUCCGCUGUUUUACUGUUUUACUCGAUGAGCAGUAAAAAGAUCAGCCAAACCGCUUUAAGUUCUCCGGACCUUGCGAGCUUGGCUGGUUCUGUUACGUCUGAAGAUCGCCUGGACUCGGAUUUGGAAGCGGAUUUACAACAAGCCGAGUUACUAGUGGAAAAUGUGCAUGGAUUUGAUAUUGAUCACUUCUCAAUUACUAGUUCGGAAGCGUUUUCUUGUUCGAAUGCUUUAACGGAAGGUCGCCCCCGCCUUGGGCUCGGAGACUCUAAUCUAAAACCGUCGACAUUCGUUCGAAAGGCGAUUCUAUCGGGGGUUUCUAAUCAGCUGAAAAGUGCAUCCUCCAAAGUGGACAUAGGAUCUCCUUCAUGUUUGGCAAGUGCAAUUGCAUGCUGUGCACAUUUUGCUUCUGCCUUGAUCAAUCUACAACAAGUUCUACGAUUUUGUUUCGGCACUUUGGACUCCACAGCCGGCACAGACGCACAGACCACUGCGGGUCAAGGUGCGGUCACCACGUUGAGUCAAAACGUAGACGGAACUCAGCUGUUAUCUGGCUAUCAGAGUGGUCGUAUUGCCGUUUGGCGAUUAUCUGGUGCACCGUCAUCCCCAGGGAAUAAUGAUGCGGGACUGCUUCAGGGGAAACUGACCUCCCACGAAGUAAAUGACUCCGUGGAUCAAGAAUAUGUGCUCACAGGUGCUCACUCGGAUAAUGGAUCUCCUCGGACCAAUCAGUCUUCCUCAAUUAGUUCAUCCACUUUAAAUGCGACUCCUGCUCGAAGUUCCCUGCCACGUCGUUUUUCUGAAGCUAAGAUGCGUUUGAUUGGUAGAAAAUCCACAACCGAUACAAUCACUGGCCAGUUGUUGUGCGUACUGGACGAUGCACAUGGUGUAGGUCAGGCAAUAGCAUUUGUGAACUUUACGACAGCGCCUUCAUUGGCGGUCGCGGUGGACACAGGUGGAUCUGUGUUUGCACUAAAUUUCAAUCGCGGUGAAAUCUGUGCGCUAGAUGCCCUCGGUUCGACUACAUUGCCUUCUGAGCCGUCAGAUCACGAGCCGGCGAUAUCUGACCCGUCUGAUCGUGGUGCGGAAAAUACAUCUCGAUCCGGGCGUUCACUUCGUGCUUACGCUCUUGUCGCUAUGGCUUCGUUUACGAAACUGAUUGUGGCGCAACUGCGACCGCGUUUACAAAUUGCUCACUGGCAACCGUUAAAGGGUCCUCCGGCGUGCUUGCCCCUAGUUACCUGGAUGUGGACACCCCAUGCCGGUCUAACUGGACCGGAGAACGCUUUGCUUGCGUUCGGUCGUGGUUGCUCACUACAUGUACUUCAGGUUGCCACAGGCCCUUUUCCCGCCGGACUUGAUCCAAUGUCUACUAUCAGAGCUGAUGAAUCAAGAAGUCAUUCGCUUCAUUUCUCCCUGCUUUACUCUUUCGAAUUGGACUAUGAGUUGAUCAGUCUAAAUGUGAGUUUUCCAUUUCUGUUUGUUUCCGUUUGGUGA